UCUAUUGCGACGUCGUUUUUCGGCACAACGUCAGAGUAAUUUGUCGACAUCGAGUAGCGGAACGACCGGAACGGGCACCGGCACGGGAACGGGUUGUAUGAAUACGGCGUGUUCGUCGACCGACUCGUCCAUGGAUGCAGGCAGCAUUUUUGCCGUCGGCGGCAGUGUUGGUGUUGCGCCGCCGGCUCCAGGUUGGAGCACAAACAGCCAAGGUCUACUGAUUAGCGGCAGCGCAACAGCGGACUACGGUGGCCAGAGCGGAGUGGCGGCGGCGGCGGCGUAUUUGGGUGCGGCUGCUGCUGCUACGACGGGAAGUAGUGGCGGAAGUGACAGCCAUCUGGCAGGAAGUGCGUCGGGAAUGGGUACGUUAGGAUCGACGAUGAAACGAUCGGCUGGCAGCACUAGCAGCGUUGGUAAAGAUGGUGUGGUUGGUACGGCCGGUAAUACUAGUAGUACGGCAAUGACAUCGGGUACUUCGGCAACUCAAUUACCGAGGUUCGUUUGA